GCGGGCCUAAGCCCUUGAGUCACCGGUGGCAGGUGAAGGCGACCGCAGGCUCCUGACCUGCUUGUUCCAGCAGUGACCAGACUGGCUGAUGACUUUGGCCGCUGCCCUUUCUCUGUUCUUGCUGACCUUGGCCCAGGGUCGGAGCCAAUGGCGGCUUGGGCCACCGUCUAUCUGAGCAGGACCGCUGCACCAUGCUUGCGGGCUCUAGGCCCUGGAGCCCAGGCGGCUCUUCCGUGCGUCUCCUCAGGCUCUCAGCCCCAUCCCCGGGGCUGUAGCCCCGCUCCGGGCCGGACGCUGCACCUCACCACCGGCCCUGCUGGGCACAACGAGUGGUCCUAAGUCCGACAUAUCAAGGGUCCCAAGGACACUGAAAGGAGUCGCAUCUUCUCCAAGCUUACUUUGAGCAUCCGCCUAGCGGUUAAAGAAGGAGGCCCCAACCCUGAGCUCAACAGCAACCUGGCCCACAUCUUAGAGGUGUGUCGCAACAAGCACAUGCCCAAGUCAACGAUUGAGGCAGCACUGAAAACGGAGAAAACCAAGGACAUUUAUUUGUUGUAUGAGGGUCGAGGCCCUGGUGGCUCUUCUCUGCUCAUUGAGGCAUUAUCUAACAGUGGCCCCAAGUGCCAUUCAGACAUCAAACAUAUCCUGAACAAGAAUGGGGGAAUGAUGGCUGAAGGAGCUCGCCACUCCUUUGACAAAAAGGGGGUGAUUGUGAUUGGAAUGAAGGACAAAGAGAAGAAAGAAGUGAACCUAGAGCGUGCCCUGGAGCUGGCGAUUGAAGCAGGAGCUGAGGAUGUUAACGAAACUGAAGACAAAGAGGAACAAAACAUUUUUAAAUUUAUUUGUGAUGCCUCUUCACUGCAUCAAGUGAGGAAGAAGAUGGACUCCCUGGGCUUGUGUCCUGUGUCCUGUGCACAAGAAUUCAUCCCCAACACAAAGGUGCGGCUGGCUGACCCGGACCUGGAGCAGGCCGCCCACCUCAUCCAGGCUCUUGGCAACCAUGAGGACGUGAUCCAGGUCUAUGACAACAUUGAGUAACCAGACUGUAUGUGCCCUCCAGCUCCUUCCUAGGCAACUGGCAGCUUGUUCUGGAGCACAGGCUUCUACACUGUCCUCUAGACUGAAGUAGGUCUGCAGCCUAGCAGGUUCAAAGGCAUAAGAUCUACAGCUUUGUGGGCACAGGAACCCCCAUACUUCUCUGGGGCCUCUUUGUCAGCUCCGCUGGUGUCUCAGAGCCCUCCUGGAUGAGUCUCUCCAUUCCCUCCUGGAUGCAGAGUGGGGCUAGUUAGCUGGUCAGACUGUGAUCUUAGGAAAUUGGCCCUUCUGGGGAUGGUAGGUUCUGUGAGGGCCCAUAUACUCUUAAAUAAGA